CUAUGCGUAAGGUGUCUCGACUCGAGGCUGAGUCCGAAACACAAAGAACAUGUCUAUACUUAAAAAUAAUAGAACAAUACUAUUAUUUGAAAUCAAGAACAAAGACUUUCAAAUCUAUAAGGAUCGCCCUCUAUCUCAAAUCUUCUGCAUCAUAUCACUAUUCUAGGCAGAACAUCCUAAAACAGACUUUUGCUCAAAAUGUCCACCCUCGUUCCUCAUAUGUGCUCCGAAAAUAGUCUGAACUCGCUAUUAGAGCCGAUCAUGUGUUGUUCAGAAGAGGACUGCACCUAUUCCUUCGGCCCAGCCUGCGAAUCUUGCACCCUCAUCCUCAAGAUCAGAGAACAAAGACGUCAGAAUCUGAGCACAGAUCAUCACUCAAACAAGCACUCACCGAAGUUUGACGUAAAUGCCACAGGACAGCUGUUCUUUGAUGGCACUUCUAAUGACACGUCUACCAAAGCAGCAGAGGACUUCAAUGCUGACCUUGACUCCGAGUUUCAGAUCUCAGAAACCAGAUCCUUCGACGCAGAACUCCCUUCUUCCGCCUCUUCAAACCUACAAACUUUCAGCUACCCUUACACAGACACAACAUCCACAACUCAACCUAACAGUACCGAGACUUCAAUCUCCCAAACUCUCGAUCCCUGGUUAUCAACUCUCUUCGAUCACACCCUAGCAGGACAUAUAUCAGGAACUGCUUUUGUCGGUGGAGCCGAGGAACAGAAUCCUACUGAGAAUGCCUGUCCUUUGUGCUCUAAGCCGGUUGGGGAUCCGAGAGAUCAGCAUCUAUUGAGAUUGUGA